GUUCUCAUGAAGUACGUAUUUUUACCGCUAAAACCAAAGUAGUUUUUCUGUUGCGUUGUCUGUCUAUGUGGAAUUUAGCAAAAGAAAGUGUGUGUAAUCUGUGCAGCUGAAAAUGGGAAUCUCUGGAUUGCUGCAGUUCAUCAAAGAUGCAGCGGAGCCCGUCCAUGUGAAAAAAUAUAAAGGCCAAACGGUGGCUGUCGACACGUACUGCUGGCUGCAUAAAGGAGCUUUCUCUUGUGCCGAGAAGCUCGCUAAGGGGGAACCAACUGACCAAUAUGUGUGGUACUGCAUGAAGUUUGUGGACAUGCUGCUGAAUUUCGGUGUCAAAGUCAUUCUUGUGUUCGAUGGGCGCAACCUGCCUUCCAAAAAAGAGGUGGAAAAAGCUCGCAGAGAUCGCAGAGAAGCCAAUCUUCAGAAAGGCCGACAGCUGCUGCGUGAAGGUAAACUGUCCGAGGCCCGAGACUGUUUCACCCGCUGUGUGAACAUCACCCCCGCCAUGGCUCACAACCUGAUUAAGGCUGCGAGGAACAGAGGAGUGGACUGUGUGGUGGCUCCGUAUGAAGCUGAUGCUCAGUUGGCUUACCUGACUAAAUCUGGUUUGGCUCAGGCCGUCAUCACAGAGGACUCGGACCUGCUGGCGUUUGGCUGCAAAACGGUGAUUCUAAAAAUGGACAAGCAGGGUAACGGGCUGGAGGUAGACCAGAGUAACCUGGGCCGCUGUCGCUCCCUGGGCAACGUUUUCACAGAGGAGAAGUUUCGCUACAUGUGCAUCCUGGCCGGCUGCGACUAUCUGCCCUCCCUGCAUGGCAUCGGACUGGGGAAGGCCUGCAAGCUGCUGAGGCUGGCCAAAGACCCCGACAUCCUUAAGGUGAUCAGGAAGAUGGGCCAGUACCUGAAAAUGAAUCUGGUCGUCCCCGAUCCGUACGUGGAGGGAUUCGUCAAAGCCAACAACACCUUCCUGUACCAGCUGGUGUUUGAUCCGGUCAGGAGGAAAGUUGUUCCGUUAAACCCAUACCCCGAGAACAUGGAUCCUGCCACCCUCAGCUACGCUGGACUACAUCUAGAAGAGGACAAAGGUUUGGAAAUGGCCCUGGGAAACCUUGACAUCAACACCUUGGAGAGGAUCGACGACUUCAAUCCAGACCAACCCACCGUCCAGAGGUGUAAAGCCCGCAGUAACAGCUGGAACGACUCUGCGGCCGCAGCUGGACCCAGCAUCUGGAGCAGGGGUUUCACACCCACCUCCGCUGGCUCCACUCCCCGCCCUGCUGCCUCUCCAGACCGGCCUCCCUCCACCAGGGGGAAGGAGAGGGUCGUCAGCUUGGGCAGACUGAGGCUUCCCUCCAGGGAGCAGCAGGUGAAACGGCCCAGAGAAGGUGAGCUUCCAGUUUUCUGGGCUGCUUUCGUAGAGAGGCGUGAACUGUGGUGUCAGAUAAAGUCUAAUGUUACAACUAAUCAUGGAUCCCUUUCAAUACAUUUUGGGGAAAUGAUUCRAGCUUGUUGUUCAGCUGAWCUUAUUUAUUUUGCAGACUCWUAUUUGUCGGACCAGGAAGUCCUCCARCAGUAUUCCUCUCCCGAACAGAAGCGAUSCAAGCCAGAACAGCAGCCAGACAAGUCUCCGUUCAGCCCUCAGCCCCGACCACGCAACCGCUUCGCCACGCUGCUGCAGAGGCGGAACCAGGAGGCGGAGGAGGAGGCGGGUCGGCCCACCCGCAGCAGAUUCUUCAGCAGCUCUGGCUCAGAAACSAGCCUGARCACAGGGGAGUCCAACCAGGGGGCKGAGCCUAUGGACACUGACCCUUCUGAGGACACGUCCCCCCUCGGUGUUCAGACUCCUGACCAUGACGGUCUUGAUGCCCCAUCUGUGGUUACCCCUAGCCCGCCUCUCUCCUCCAGCAGCUCGCCCUCCUGCUCAGCCAGCCGGGGUCUCAAGCUGUUCCAGUGGUCAGGCAGCACCGCCUCAAGCGAACGCUCGUGGAGCACGUCCGCCUCAGGCCUCGGCACCCUGCAGAGGUUUCAGUAUAAGAAGGAGAGUGGCUCGUCUCAGAAGGUCCACGGCCUCUUUGAAGGCUCGGCACCCACGCGGUCCUCCUCUCCUGUUAGAAAUCUGGAGGGCGACCUCUCUGACUCACCCCCCUCCCAGGACAGCGCGUACUGCUCCCAGUCCCAGUCCACCCGCAUGUCCUUCCACAAAGAAGAAGUUGCCACCGACGGAGCGAAGGACGCUGCAUCUGAAAUGAAUUCAAGCACUGAUGUCGAACCAGAACCAGACUUUUGUUCUGAAGCAGAAAGGAAGCCUGGUGUGCCGGCAGGGUCAAAGGUUUCUGGACUGUCAAAACUGAAGUCCAGCAGUGGGGGUCAAACAGCCAGGCUGCCGUCUUUGGGUCCAGCCAGAGCCAGCGGUCUGAGGAAGAAGAGCGCUGGUUCUGCAAAGAAAUGCUCCUUGGCGAAUAACGAGAACAAUCCUGGUGUCCAGGCCACCAUCAGCAACCUGUGGAAGAACUACAGCUUCAAAAAGGAUGCUCAGAAGAUGACUUCCUGUAAGAAGGAGCCCAUGUCUCCUGUCAAAGACAACCUGCUGGUCAGCUGACCUCAGCCAACAUGAACUGUUCCACAUCAUUAGACGCUGAACUUUUAAACACGUCAUCAACUUGUAUUUCUUACUGUAAAAUUUAAAAUAAAACAAGAGUUUAAAAAAUUCAA